GAGAAGACAGAUGGCGGCGGUGACCAGAGGAUCCUUCAACGCUCUCAGACGUCUGCGUCCUGUGGGAAAUGAGGGUACCGAUUACAGCAGUGGGUCCUGGAAGAGGAACCUGUGACAGAACUGGAGGCCUUCCUGUAGAGGAAAUCAUCCAUGAUCUGGAGUAGGAAGGAUUGUCAUUCUGACCAAGCUGACCCAGCAGUACCGCCGGCGCUGUUUCCAGCCACAGAACCUCCAAUUCAGCAGGAACCUGAAGCCGCUGGCCUCCAGAUGGGACACAUCCCUGCAGAUGUUCGGCAGCAGGACGCUGCGCACCGCUGUUGCGUGGCGAGGACCCAUUGUCCAGUUCAAGCUGUCAGACAUCGGAGAGGGAAUCAUGGAGGUGACGGUUAAGGAAUGGUACGUGAAGGAGGGGGACAAAGUGUCUCAGUUUGACAGCAUCUGUGAGGUCCAGAGCGACAAAGCUUCUGUCACCAUCACCAGCCGCUAUGACGGCGUCAUCAGGAAACUGUACUACGACGUAGAUGGCACCGCGCUGGUGGGCAAACCACUUGUUGACAUCGAGACUGAGUCUGGAUCAGAGCUGAGUCAGGAGGAGGACGUAGUGGAGACACCCGCCAUGGCCCGGGAGGAGCACACCCACCAGGAGAUCAAAGGUCACAAGACCCAGGCCACGCCUGCUGUCAGGCGCCUCGCCAUGGAGAACAACAUAAAGCUCAGUGAGGUGGUGGGGACGGGGAAGGAUGGACGGAUCCUGAAGGAGGACAUCCUGAACUUUCUGGCAAAGCAAACUGGAGCCAUCUUACCUCCAACUCCACUCUUCCACGAGAUUCAGACCCCUGGCCCCGACCCCAGUACUCCUGCUGCCACGCCUAUGAGCAUUCCAGCUGGAGUUAAACCUACACCCACAGCCCCCAAACCUGUUUUUUCCGGAAAGGAUGUGAUGGAGCCACUCAAAGGUUUCCAUAAAGCCAUGGUGAAGACUAUGACGGCAGCGCUAAAGAUUCCUCACUUUGGCUACUGUGACGAGGUGGAUCUGAGCCGCCUGGUGCUUCUGAGAUCAGAACUAAAGACCACUGCAGAGAGACGUGGGGUCAAACUCAGUUACAUGCCCUUCUUCAUCAAGGCUGCCUCCCUCGGCCUCCUUCACUUCCCGAUCCUGAACUCCUCGCUGGACGAAGGCUGCCAGAACCUUAUCUACAAGGCCUCUCACAACAUCGGUCUGGCCAUGGACACCAGUCAGGGUCUGCUGGUUCCCACUGUGAAGAAUGUUCAGUUGCUCAGUGUGUUCGAGAUCGCUCAGGAGCUGAACCGUCUGCAGGCACUGGGAGCGGCCGGACAAUUGGGAAAGUCUGAGCUGAAUGGGGGAACCUUCACUCUGUCCAACAUCGGAUCGAUCGGAGGGACGUACGCCAAACCUGUCAUUCUUCCUCCAGAGGUCGCCAUAGGAGCGCUGGGAAAAAUCCAGGUUCUACCACGGUUUGACACUGCCGGUCAGGUGACCCGAGCUCACAUCAUGAAGGUCAGCUGGUCGGCGGACCAUCGCAUCAUUGACGGCGCAACCAUGUGUCGCUUCUCCAACAUUUGGAGGGAGUACCUGGAGAAUCCGGCCAGCAUGGUGCUGGACCUCAAAUAGACAGUUGAGAACCCAUCUGGACCUGGAUCUGGGAGGAUGAAACGCCAACCCAACUCUCCCAACGGUCCUGCCCAUCCACCACCUUCACUUCCUGUUUCUGUCUGAGGCCUUCCUGUCUGCUCCGUAGCUUCCUUGUUGCCUUUGAGCAGGACCCUGGGGGGAGGGUUCAGCCUGCCAGUCACAGGGUUACCAUGACGUCCAAACACGGACGCCUGUCGUCGGUCUGGUUGGAAAGAUGAAGUCAGAAUAUUUCCCAAACCAUCGCCUUUACAGAACCAUCUGACAGAGGAGAUGACUACCAGUCCACCUGAGUACUUCCUGCAGGUGUUUGUUCUGAAGCUCUGGAUCUGAUAAUUGUGUCUCAGUGUGUUCUAGAUCUGUGGGAUUUAGUUUUGUGAAUUUUGCAUCAGAGAAUUCUGGAUCUGUGUAUACUGGACUAGCUCAUUAGGAGCAACAGAAACUGACUGAGAUCUGGUCCAGAUCAGGUUCUCGACACAACAAGGAGUCAGAUUUACCUGUUAAAGUUCACUACUUGGGUUUCCAGAAGAAAGUAGGUCAGUAACAAUCUGCUCCAAAGCCAAGUUCUGUCCAUCACAUGACCUGACCAGCUGAUGUUUCAGGCUCCGCCCCCUUCUGUUACAGUGAAACAGCUGGGAGAUCAUGUGAUCCAGCUGAUUGAAUUAAAGCAGUGGUGUCCCAAGUUGUCCUGCAUGUAUUAGAUGUUGUCCUUCAAAAGGUCACAUGCUGAUGAGGUCAUUCAGCCGUUUGAUCAGCGCUGUUGGAGCAUGGACACGUCUGAAACAUGCAGGACCAGGAGUCGGACCUCCAUGGAAUAAAGAGUCAGAUGUUGUUUGGACCUGACACUGGUUUUUCCAGCAGCCUCAGAAGGACCCUGAACACCUCAGAAUCACUCUAGAGAAGGACACAGAUGUCACAGAUUAGAAAAGCUGUCAGGAAUCGAAUAUGCUCCAGAACCAGAGCUGCAGACUUCUCUCUCCAUAUUCAGAUGGUCUCUGAUGUAGAAUGCUGGUAGCUGCUGGGUGAAGGUUUAGUCUCCCAGGUUCCUGCUCUGUGUGGUUGGUAGCCUCAGAUUAAAUGUGGAGGUUUUUUAUGUUCCUGAGUCUGCAGGAUGAUCUGAAUAAAGCUGACGUGCACAAAUCA